AAAAAAUAAUUUUUGCUUUUUCCCGAUAAGUUUUUGUACAGAUAAAACAUCCGAAAUUGGCCAUAGAAUUAGAAAAGUUUUGUGUUUACUCUAGUUUCACCUUUCCACAAUCAUAUUUAAUAGAAUGGCAUUGACUCGCUCAGCACUUCGACUUUUCUCCGGGCGAUUCGCUCAGGCCUGCCAGGUUCGAGGAUAUGCUGAUGGCUCUUCAAUGUCUCUAACCUUCGCAGCACCUUCCCAUGUUCUGUACAACAACAUUUCUGUGAAACAAGUAGAUGUUCCAUCCUUUAGCGGUAGCUUUGGUAUUCUGCCUGCCCACGUACCAACACUAGCAGUCCUGAAGCCUGGUGUUGUAACUGUCUUUGAAAACGACGGCAGUACCAAGAAAUUCUUUGUCUCCAGUGGAACUGUCACCAUCAACGAAGACUCCACAGUGCAACUACUGGCAGAGGAGGCCGUGCCCGUCGACACCCUCGACAUCAGCGCCGCAAAGGAACUUUUAGCCCAAUCCCAGAGUCAGUUGGCUUCAGCGUCUACUGAUGUGGCUAAAGCCGAAGCUGAAAUCAGCAUCGAGGUGUCUGAAGCCUUGAUCAAGGCUUGCGAAUAAGUUUUUGGAGUGAAAAGAGAAACCCUUAUAGUGUGAAUAGCUUGUAUCGAUGGAAUGGAAGUACACUCGAGAAAAAACUAGA